AGGACGAGCGUUUUAAAGCAAAAUUACGAAACUUUGUYAUUUUCUAUUUGGCAACCCUGUUGGCCGAGGUCUCUUCGUGGUUGGAUCACUAUAAAUACUCAUCCAAGCCGGAGUCGCAUUGCAGUGGCAACAAACACCUCGCGAACUAAARGUCCUGUGAAUAAAUAAGGAGUGUUUUUGUUUUUUUAAUGGAGCCGGAGCAGGCUGGUGGUCCCGCGAGGAGACGGAGGAGAUGUUGGAUUGUGACCGUGAUAGUUGUGCUUGUUCUCAUCUGUAUCCUCGCCCUCGGGUUGGGGCUGAGCCAGCGCCAAGCAAACACUGGAAAUGACUUUAAAUCGACAUUUCUGAGCAGGUGUCAACAAUUCCAAGGGAGUAACUGUCAACGCGCAUGGGAUGCGUUUCAGCAAGCGUACGUGAACCGAGAUCCGUGUAAUGUUCCAGUGGACGCCUAUGACCCUUUCAUUACUGCCGUCACUUUAAAACCUCAAUGCAACAGAAUGAUGUUCUGGAGCAAAACGAAGGAAGUGGUCCAUGACUUUAAUGAGAAGAAAAACUGUUUUCAAACGCUGGAGGACACCUUUCUGGGAUCUGUCCUGGACAAGCUGACCUGGUGUGGAAAGGAUGGCAGCUUCGAAACAUUCACCACUGGUUGCCCGGCGUGGAAUGAAUGUGACAACCCCGUCCGCUCAUUUUGGCAGCGAGCUUCGGCUGCCUUUGCAGAUGCCGCCUGUGGCAACGUCACUGUGAUGCUGAACGGUUCCAUCGCCACACCGUUUGAUCCUUCAAGUAUUUUUGCUAGUAUUGAGGUGAAUAAAUUGAAGUCAACCCAAGUGAACACCCUGAAUGUUGUUUUGACAAACUGCGCAAAUCCAUCUUUACAAGAGUUAAAGACCAAGCUGGCUGAAGGAAUUAACUAUAACUGCAAGGAAGUGCCUGUAACYCAGAUCCAGGAGUGUGGCUCCGAUCAAGAGAAAGCUUGUGGGGCCUGCUGGUGA